CUCCACAAAUCUUUCCCGCCUCAAUUUCCAGAAGCAAAACCUACGCCCCAUAACACACUCUCUCUCUCUCCUAUUGUAGAUACAGAUUCACACCCACACCUCACCGUAGGCACGCACAAGAUGAUGUCGAAGACGUUCAAAGGAUCAACCGUGUUCAUGUCUCGAAACCUAGUCCCGCCUGAGCUCUUCGAUUCGCUCCACGACGCUCUCAAGCUCAACGGUGCCUACAUCUCCCAAUGCUGCGACUCCUCCAAAAGCGGCCCCGACGACUUCCAUCUCAUCUCUUCCAACCUCCACGAGAAGUUUGAUGUUCUUCAGAAGAAGGGUUGUAAUUUGAUCGGUCCUCAGUGUGUUUUUUCCUGUGCGAAAGAACAUAGACCUCUUCCUAAACAAGGGUAUACUUGUUGUCUCGCUAUGGACGGGGUCAAAGUACUGGCAUCUGGUUUUGAGAUGGAUGAAAAGCUUGAGAUUGGCAAGAUGGUGACUGCUAUGGGGGGAGUGUUGCAUACUAAAGCAUCUUUGGAUGUCAGCUUUGUUAUUGUAAAGAAUGUUUUGGCUGCUAAGUACAAGUGGGCUGCAAAUGUUCUAAAGAAACCAAUCGUCACAUUAAAGUGGUUACAUCAGUGUUGGAAAGAGCAUCGUGUUGUUCCUCAGGAGUCAUACAGGGUUCUUCCGUUUACUGGAUUGACAAUCUCUAUAACCAGAAUUCCUGCAGAUGAGCGCAAAGAUGUGGCCAAUGCAGUGGUGCAAAAUGGUGGAAAAUAUUCUGCUGAAUUGACCAAGAAGUGUACACAUUUAGUUUGCGAUGCUCCUGAAGGUGACAAAUACAAGGUUGCUAAAAGAUGGGGCAAUAUUCAUAUCGUUCUGCGGAAAUGGUUUGACCAAUCUGUUGCAAGAAGAGUGUGCCUCAAUGAGGAGUCCUAUCCUGUUCAAGAUGGUUCUGCAUCAUUGAUGAAUGGCACAAAGACUUGUUCGUUGGCACAGCGCAUCCAAGAAAAAAGUAUAGGAAAUUCACAAUGUGUGCCAUCCUCAUUUGCUGGAGGUUCAAAUUUGGAAGCUGUUUUAUGUUCUGGGAUCAUAGAUCCAGAUUUAGAAGCUACUCUCUCACAGAACAUGUCAACUACAUUUUCGGAUGCAUCUAUCCUUGUCAAGGAGGAGAGUGGAACACCAGCCAAGCAGGCUAAAUGUGAUACAAAUUUUGAUGGUUGUGUUGCUGACGACUCUCAAAAUGAAGACGAUGAUUUGUACUUGUCAGAUUGCAGAAUUCUACUUCUUGGUUUUGAUGCUUCUGAAAUGCGUAAACUAGUCAACAUGGUGCGCCGAGGUGGUGGCUCCCGUUAUAUGUCAUUCAAUGAAAAAUUGACGCACAUAGUUGCUGGAUCUCCGUCAGAGAUUGAGAAAAAGGAGGUCAGAGGGCUUGCUGCUUUGGGUGUCAUUUAUGUGGUCAGAACCACGUGGCUUGAAGAUUGUGAUCAUGAGAAGAAAGAAGUUCCUGUACAGCGGAGGCACAUUGCUUAUGAUUUACUUCUCCUAAAAGAUCCUGUAUGCUCCAAUAAAGGAGGCGGGAUGGGCAUGGCUGGAAUGAAGGGGAAAGCCUCCACUGUUCAGCCUAUCUUGCCAGAGGAUCAAGUACGAGGAGCUUCAAAUUCCGGAUCUGGGAUUCCAUUCAUGGAACGCAAAGAAUUGGAGGUUAACUUGAAUGGAGAUGGCUCUUUGAGAGCAACGGUGAAACCUGAUAAACAAAGCGAGUUUUCUGCUCUUGAUGGCAAAGACAAGGAUCAACGGAAGACACAACUUCAAACCUGCAAUGAAAUUCAGAAUUUGAAGUCACUGGUGGUAUUUAAAGGGAAGCUAUUUCAGUUUUCGAAUUCAUUUCCUCCAGAUAGGCAAGCUGAAAUUAUUGAAUGGGUUAAUAAAGGGGGAGGAGCAAUGGUAGAGGAGGAGACUGAGCAGAACGUGCACUUCACUGUUGAGUGUCAUGGUGUGAUACCUAGCCCAGCAGCUGCAUCCAGAACCACCCAUGUAUCCAGUCACUGGAUUCGGACUUGUUUAGAGGAUGGAUGUUUGCUUGAAGUGGGCGCUCACAUCCUCUAUUCUCCACUACCAUGUCGGGUUCCUUUACCCGGGUUCAAACCAUUUCGCUUCUGUGUCUCACAGUAUGACGAGAAAGACCGGAUGCUGCUAAGAAAUUUGUGCUCCACUCUUGGGGCCACAUUUGGAGAAAAAUUGACUAAAAAAGUCACCCAUCUACUCUGCAAGUUCUGUAAUGGUCCAAAAUACGAAGCUGCUUGUAAAUGGGGGAUAAAGACAGUUACACGCGAGUGGAUUUAUGAGUGUGUUAAGCAGGAUGAUGUCGUUGCACUGGGUCCAUUUGUUCCAAGGGAAGUUACUUCUCAGGACAGAGAGGCGGGACUCUGCACAAUGAGCCAGUAUCCUACACAAGCCACUAGAAUGGUAACUGGUGAUACUCUGUCUCAGCUUCCAAGUCAGUUCCAGGACCUGAGAAAUAUACAGGCUCAAGCUAGUGGUAGAAGUGGCAGCAGUACGGAGGAGGCAAAUGUUCCGAGUUUUCAUUGUAAAAGGGCAAGGCUUCUUCAUGAUGAUAGAAACAAGGGUCUAAUAUCUUCUACAUCAAAUAACAGUGAUCCUACAAGUUCCACUGAAAAAAACUUAUUGCAAAAAACUGAGGAAGCUUCCAAUGCUGUACCUGAUGUUGCUGCUGCUAUUGAGGAUUUGUUAGAGGAAACUAGCAAGAUUCACAAUCGGAAGUCUCCAGAGAGGACUGUUCCCAAUAAAAAUCUUUACUCUGAUUGUUCAAUCCUUGGUCAAGAUCACGCAGAUUCCCACUCUGCCUUUGGUUUGUCCAAGCACUGGAUAAACAGGACUGAUAGAAAGGAUGAAACUAGCAAUCCUCGAGAUGUGAAUGCUGGCAUGUAUGAUGGCUUUAGUGAAACGCAAACAGAGUCUCAGGUUGUUGGUUAUGAAGAAGAUUUAUCUGGCCGGCAAAUGAUAAUUGAUAGAGUCCGAACAAGGAGUAGCUUGAUUUGACUUCCAAAAAGGGCCGCUCUCUAUCGAUCAAACAACAUGCUGACUAAAGGGUUCAAGAAACAGAAUCAUUCCAUGCAGGUUCAUGCCAUGCCGCCUUGUAAUUCCUCACUGGCUUGCGGUUAGUAACUAUGUAUAGUUCAACAGCUUACAAUGCAAUUUCGCAUUGGAUUGCCAAAAGUCAACAAUAUGCUCGAGGGUAGGGUAGGGUAGGGAGGUAGCAACUUUCGAGGAAUGACGGGGCUAGAAUCGAAAUUGUGUUGCUUAUAUAUGGAUUCCUUAUGUAUUGACGAAAAAAUGUACUGGAAUCCUGUAAUAUUAAUCAAAUCAGCUGCAAUUCAAUAUCGUGUUAAGCUUCA